GGCCGCUCGCCAUGGCGGGCCCGUAUCUGUCACCUCUCGGGCCUCAGGCCGAUCUGCUUACCGAAUAUAUGUUCGGUCGUCGUCGUCAGGUCAGUAGACGCAAUCGGACAACAUUCACGCCGCAGCAGCUUCAGGAAUUAGAAUCUCUCUUCCAGAAAACGCAUUAUCCCGACGUUUUUCUCAGAGAGGAAGUCGCACUUCGGAUAUCACUCUCGGAAGCACGUGUUCAGGUAUGGUUUCAAAACAGACGGGCAAAGUGGAGAAAGCAAGCUCGGUUACAAUUGCUGCAGGACGCGUGGAGAAUGCGAUGCUUGGGUUUAGGAAGCGCAACUCCGCUGCUACUCGGCCGGCCGCCCCCUGUGAACCCCUCUGUAACCGACGCGUCCUCCACGUCGCCGUCGUCCUCGUCAGCCCUCACCAGCUCGCCGACCUCGAGCGACAAAUUACCAGAGACUGGUGGCACCGGUGGUCCCGUGCCGGUCUGCAGGGACUUCAGAAUUUUGCCCCCUCCGCCGCCUGGAUACUCGGUACCUUGCGACAAAUCACCCGACAGGCUCAAGUGUCGAUGCGGAACGCCACCGAGGAUCUGCGCGAGCCCCGUUGAGUCCCACAGCGACGUCCUGACAACGAGGGAGCGACCGCAAGAGGCCGAAAUGGAUCUCACCCUGAAGAGCGUCCACCACGCGUCCACGAGGCACUCGCAAGUUACCGCGCUGUUUCAUCAUCUGCCGAGCAACCCUCAGCAGGAGGUCGCGCAAAACAUGGACGAACCUCUGGAUGUUACUCUCAAUAACUGCAAGAACAACUGAGAAUAGGGAAAUGUGAAAAUAAAAAAUGCACUUGCGAAGCCUUCGGUUCAUCUUUAAGUACGCGCCGCGUUACAUUCGGAAUCGGAAUCGCAUUUUACGUAGUAAUGACUUAUGCAAUUUGGAUAUCGUGAUGAUUUGAGUAUCGUUAUAUAUUUUAUCAUAUCGCUCUCUUAAUACUGGGUAAAAGUGUAAUUUUAACGACAUUAUUGGGAAUAUCUAAUGGGUGUUGUCUUUUCGUACACAACAAUUACAUUGUUGAGAUGUGUGUAGAUUUUCCGCGUUGUAGAGAUUGUGUGUGGGGGAGGGGGGAGGAGGAGGAGGGAAAGUGAGAUGACAAUUAAGAUUUCUAGGUACUGCUCGUUGCGGCGCCAUAUUGGAUUGCGACGUCAGAAACGAGAAAUCCAUAUUUAAAAUUUCGUCACUUCUCGCUUCUGCUAAUGUCACAAUUUGACAUAUGACUGAGAACCAGUACCCGAGAAUUUGGAGAACAAAAUAUUUUUAAAGUAAUAUUUUAUAAGAGAUAAUUAGAACACACAUGUGAAAUAUCAUUCAAAGAAAUGUGAUCUGAAAGUACAUAAUCCAAGAUUUCAUACAAAAGAGAACAACGAGUAUAUUAUAUAUAUACGUUCACUUUUCAUUCUUUUU